AUGAAUCUGAACCUUGGCGGAAGCAAGAAAAAACAACAUCAUGUUCGGAAAAAGUACAGCAUCAUUACGUUGGAUUUAUUUAAGCCUACAAAGAAAUCAUAUCCUGAAUUCGAUUAUGAAAAAAUUUGCAAAGAAUAUCUGAAAGAAGAUGAAUCAAGCGGUGAGGAUGAACGUUUCCAUGAUCGUGAAGCAGAGGAGAUAGUGAGAAGGUUGGAACAAAAAUAUGGCGGUAAGAGAGACAAACAUGGCCAUAAAAUUCGCUUUGGUUGUGCUGAUGAUUACAUGGAUAAGACUGCUGGUUAUGAUCUCACAGAUCCAUUUAUUGAUGAUACAGAAGCUUAUGACGAACACGUACCCUCUGCUUUGGAUACGGCACGCGGAGGUUUCUAUGUUAAUAAAGGAAAAUUGGAAUUUAAAUCGAAGUAUACUGAAGGUGACGAAGGCAGUGAUGUUGAAGAUACGGUCACCAAGAAGAAGACGGUGGAAAAGAAACGCAAAAUCUCUAGCGAUGAAGAAGAAAGUGAUAGCAAACGUGCAUGCAUUUUUCCACCUGCAAAACCAUCUGUGGAUAAUAGUUCAUCUUUAAUGGAAUCUGUAAGAGGAUCAAGUUUUCAAUUACCGGUCAGAUUGUCUUCGUCCGGUGCUGCUCCUACGGCAAAACCAAGCGACCCACCUCGCAAUCGUUUGCUUACACAACAGUAUAUUAAAAAGCGACGUCUUUUGGGGCAACCACCAAUGGCAAAAAUUCAGUCACCAGCUGUAAAAGCUGCUUUGGGUGUAAAAAAGAAGCUGAAGCCACAGGUGAAAAGGGCAACUGUUGGAGUGACCGAUGAGGAUUUAGCUGGAUUUUUGAAAGAUAUGGCAGGUGGUGAAAUAGAAGCCGUAGAAGAAAUGGAGAACGUAAUUUAUGCGUCGAAAGAACAGAUCUGUCAGAAAACAACAAGCAUAUCCGUCGAACAUGACGCUGAUGUCGAUAAAUCGGUAACACCUCCCGCUGAGAAAGUACCACAAUCACAGGUAGCUUCUAGUUCAGGUUUAACUGCGCCUUCAUCCACUGUAGCCAUUCCGAAACGCUCACCUGGGCGGCCUCCUGGUUCAACAAUACAGCGCAAACAAAUGCCAGUAAUGUCGGAUAAAUUGCGAGCAAUGAUCGAUACAUAUCAAGAAAGAACCAGACAAUAUGGUGCGCCCGAUAAAAAAAUUCGUCUUCCACCGAGUUUGGUUGCUCUUUGUAUAAGGAUUGAAGAGCAGUGCACGCUGGAGCAUUUUAAUCAUCAGCAAAAAACACGAGUUUUUGAUUCAUUAGCCAACUGGGUGUGUGUGCAGCGAAAUUCUCUGUAUAUUCGUAUGAAAGCUUAUCGAGAUCGUCAUGAACCAAACGCUGCCUCGGAUUCGGUUAUUCAUGCAGAUGAAUCAAUUAGUGAAACAAAAGAAGCACCGCGCUCUAUGAAUGAUGAAAAACUGCCCAGUUCAAACGAUUCAUCUUCUUCUAUCGUUACAAUAUCUUCAUCACCCAUUAUUUCUGAUUCGUCACCGAGAUCCCCUCCCGAAACACUGAUGUCGGAGAAGAAGGAACAGCUUAUUGGAGUUAAGAAUACGACAAGCAGCGAUGCUUCUAGAUCAUCAGAUACCAAACAUACUCCAGCAAUAAAGGAAGGCACUGAAAAGAUGGGAACCACAUCAGAUACUACCCCUCCAUCCAUAUCUGUAACAAAAUAUUGGGAUUCUUCGACCCCUUCAAAAACAGCUUCCAAUCAGUCGAAAGCACCACUUGCAACAAACGUCACUAAUGCAUUGAAUGACACUCAGUUGUUAUCUGUGUUUGCGACAAUGAUGCAACAAACUCGUGGUGAUUCCAUCCGUCAACAACAACGUGUCGCCGAUAGUUUAACAGCCCAAAUGAAUGCUAAUCUUCUAAGCAGUAAACAGCAGCCGGAACAUUUGUUGCAAUACCAGUUGACUCUCAGUAAUCUUGCAAAGAUGUGUACAGUAACACCAACUAGCUCUGUGAAAAUUUCUGCAUCACCAAAGCCUACUACUUCUAAAAGCGAUCUCCAGCCGCCAAAAUCUCAACCAAAACUAAAUCGAGUGCUUUCUAUUAACAGUUCUAAUUCAAAUCCAGUAAAGGGACUAAAACAACCAGCAAAUGAGAAAGCUUCACGUGCAUUAAAAGAAAUCAACAAUGCAUUGGCUCAGGUUGUUUCAGAAGUGGAAAAGGCUCUUAUUCAUACCGAAAACGAAUAUGUAAAGGAGAAGGCGAGAACUGAAAAAGAUGGUAAAAUUGCGCCACCGAAACGGUUCGUUUGGACUGAUUCACUAAGGGCAGCACUAAAAAAACAAGUAACUUUGCUAUUUACUAGUCUGGAGCAACAUGGUGAUCCUAACCAUGUUGUUAAUACUACAAUUGUGCAAUAUUUGUACUAUACUGUUAGACCGCUUUUCAAGGACUACGUUAAAUUUAGAGAUUUGGUGCUGGAAAUAUUGCGAUUGUGUCCGGAAAGACGGCAGCUGGUUCUUAUUCCUGAGAUGAAAGCAUUCAUUGAAUUAAGUGAUGCCUCUAAGACACAGCCUGGAAUAUCUCAAGUAGGAUCGAAAACCCUGAAAACUUCAAGAACCGAUAUACUAUCCUCCAAAAUUUCUCCGAAUAAGAACAUAUCAAAUGCUGAACUCCGACAAACAUCAGCUACUAAUGUUGUGGAUCUCCGUUCAUCGGAUGCUCUCGGCAAAAAGGAAAACCGUUCUGUAAAGUAUAGCAAUGGAGUAGAAGUUCAAAUUGUGGCUAGCUCAAGUCGUCCGCCCAUACUUCUCACGCCAAAGUUAACUUCUGGACAGAAGAUCAUGUUAGUUCGAGAGAAUAAGGAACGAGAAAAAUUAUUGGCUGAAAAAGCUUUAGCUGAAGAACGGAAAGAACGUGAAGUAAUUGAAAACAGAAAGCGAGAUGAAGUUAUCAAGAAAUGGGAACGAGAGGCAACUGACCAAUUGGAAGCAAGCAGAGAUGAAGAUGAAGAAUUGGGUGCUGUUGAGUCGGUGGAUUUUAUAAUACGGCCAAAAGAUUCAGACUUGCAAGAAAUUGAGGAAGUGGAAUUAGGCGCUGAUACUGAACUUGAUAUGAAUACCGAAGAAGACGUGAAUAUAGAUCAAAAGAAUGGGAAUCAGAUGUGCAAUUCAGAGAGUGAACAGGCAUGUAGCAGCACUGAAGCGGAACAGCAUAUAGUUAAGAAAAUAGAAUCAUGCAGUAAUGGUCUGUCUGAACAAAGCUCACCUCAAGAUCCUGCUACAACAAACAGUGUGCAGUCAGUUCAUUCAUCUUCAGUGCUACGAAUUGCUCACUCACAAAACAGCCGGCAAGCGAAUGUUGUGCAUUUUACGUCUUCGUUUUCACCUUCAUACAAACAGUCGUCGCCGAUAACAGUGACUUCUUCUCAGAAGCUUCCAAGUGCAUCCGCAUGUGCCAUUACUUCUAACUUUUCGUCAAAUAGAUUCUGGGAAAUGUGCCAGUAUUCAAAUUCUUCGCAACGGCAAUCUUCACCUCCCGAACAAGCCAUGCUGGGAGUUGCACCUGCAACAAGCCCAGAUCCUCAAGUUACUAGCAAUUAUCAAACAUCCUGUACACAGCGACAACCUUCCUGGAAUGCUAAGCAACUUCCUAUUUCUUCCCCUCCUUCUUUACCUAAAGACCAUCUACCGCCAACACUACAUUCCACUUCAUCGUGCCAUCCAGCUUCUACUUAUGCAAGCGACACUUUUACUGCAUCACAGAUGAAUUGUUCUCCUUAUUCGGUUCAGCAGCGUCAAGUCUCCUGUAAAAACCUCCAAUAUCAGCAUACGUCAACCAUACGUCAUGUUUCUCAAGCUUCUCAACAACCUAUUCAGGAGCAAACACGUCAACGUCAAUAUAGUUCCAUACAACAUCCAUAUAAUUAUCCUUCAUCUAUUUACAACAGCACGACGACUGUCCAAAAGACUGCCCUUCCAACUUGCAAUAUUUCUCAUAAUGCUUCACGUGUUUACAACACUGUGCUUUCAUCUCAAAAGGUUAUGUAUCCGCAGCGCUCUGUAUCUUCAGCGGGUUCCUCAUCAGCUUUUUCACCUUUACCACAACCACCUACUCGGCAGCAGCAGUUAGUGGCCCAUCAGUCAGCAUACAAUUAUCAACAGCAGCAGUUUUUGUUACAGCAGCAGCAACAAGAACGGCAAAAGAAUUUGUAUGGUGAACAACAACAGAAUCAAAUGAAUGUUUCACAGGAUCAUCAAAUAUAUAGUAAUUGGCAAUAA